AUGAACAGGGUGGGCUGGGAAGGGGCUGGUGGAGACACUGCAGACAUCACGGGAAGCAGCUGUAGAUGUCUUGCGAACACGCCAUCUCCACACCGGGCUUGCACCAGCUCAUCGCCAGUCCUCAGGGUGUGGAAAACUCACGGUCCUGAGCUUCAGCUGACUCGGACUCUCGCCCCGGGAAAAGAUGAUUCCAAAGACAAUAAACUAGAAGAAGCGCAAAUCCCUCUGGACUGCUCCUUCGUACAGUCUCAGCCCUGGAGCCAUAUACUAGAGACUGAAGCCAUAGAAAGAGAAAAUGCAAGUUUUCCCAAUGCUUUUGUCCUGCUGGGCUUCUCAGAGUUUCUGUGGCUGGAGAUGUCCCUCUCUGCAGUGGUCCUGGUCUCCUAUCUCCUCACCCUGGUGGGGAACAGCUCCAUCAUCCUCCUCUCCCUGGUCGACCCCAGACUCCAGACACCCAUGUACUUCUUCCUGGACAACCUCGCUCUGCUGGACCUUGGUCUCACCUGCACUAUUGUGCCCCAGCUGCUGGACAACCUAUGGGGACCAGACAAGACCAUUGCUGCCUGGGGAUGCAUCACACAGGUCUUCCUUUUCUGCUGGAUAACCUCCAGUGAGUGUGCUCUGUUGGCCAUGAUGGCCAUUGAUCGCUAUGUGGCCAUCUGCCGGCCCCUCCAGUACACUCUCAUCAUGCAUCCCAUGGUGUGUAUGCAGAUGGUAGCUGCCUCCUGGUCCAGUGGCCUGGCCAAUGCUCUGAUCCAAGCCACUCUGACCCUCCAGCUCCCUCUCUGUGGGCACCAUACCCUGGACCAUUUCUUCUGUGAGAUACUUGUGCUCAUCAAGCUGGCCUGUGGGGACACCACUACCAAUGAGCUGAUCCUCACCUUGAUGACCAUCCCAUUUGGAAUGAUGCCUCCCCUGAUGGUGGUCAUCUCCUACAUCUUCAUUGGUAGAGCUGUACUGAAGCUCCCUUCAGCUGAAGGAAGGCACAAGGCACUCAGCACCUGCAGUUCCCACUUGCUGGUGGUCACUUUGUACUUUUCAAUAGGGAUUUUCUUAUACCUCCAACCUUCAGCUGAAAGUUCCCAGGCCAAAUUCAUGUCUUUCUUCUACUGUAUUAUCACCCCACUGCUCAACCCACUCAUCUACACCCUGAGAAACAAGGAUGUGAAGAUGGCAUGGAAUAGAAUCCUCCAAUCCUGGAGCAAUGUGAAGUCUUUAAAAGCCCAGUCUCUUCCUGUCUCCUUCCCAACCACAGGCACAUAUCCAUGA